AUGGCCUCUCGGCGCAUCACGCGGGAGACGUUCGACGCCGUGGUGCAGGACAAAGUGAAGCGGUACCGGAUGGAGCGCGGCGGCGCCAUGGAGGAGCCUCUCCAUCCCUUCAAAGCUCCUUCAAGGCCAGUCCCAAGACCGAGAUAUGAAGACAGUUUUCAUGAUGAGGGAAGAUAUGCUCAUGAUGACACCCAGCACCAUCCCCAUGAUGACUGGAGUGAAGACCCUCGAGAUGAAUAUCCAGGACCUUCUUACAGAUCUGGCAGCCCUCUUUUAAGGAAAGAUAACUAUUACCACGAACAGUAUGGCCGCCCAGCGGCGCGUGACCGGGAAUACGGGCGCCCGGUAUCCCAUGACAGGGAAUUUGGCCAUCCAGCAACUCGCGACCGGGAGUACGGGCGGCCGGUUUCCCAUGACCGUGAAUAUGGGCGCCCAGUUUCCCAUGACCGGGAGUACAGGCGCCCGGUUUCCCAUAACCAGGAAUAUGGGCACCCGGUUUCCCAUGACCGGGAGUACGGGGACCUGGCUUCUCAUGACCAGGACUACGGCCACCCUGAACCCUGGGAGUCCAGCGGACCACACGAAACUGACUUUAGUCCUUCGCAUAUUUUAGGUGAUUUUAGAUCUCCUGGACUCAUGGAAGAUGAUUACAGUAAUAUGGAAAGUCAGGAGUAUGAUAUGGACUUUGGAAUUCAAAGUGAUAGUGAGUUCAGGCCCCCGCUGCGGAGGGGCAACAUUGGCAGGGGAAGAGUUCUGCGAGGAAAACGUAUUGCAAGGGGUGCUGCCAAAGCUAAAGUAUUUAAAGGAGAUAUCAAACCUCCGCUAAAGAAAUGGAACACUAAAAAGCUGCAACCAGAGCCUGAACAGAAGCCGACUAUGCAAUCUGAUCAAAUGCCUGAGACUGCCGAAUGUCCAGACCAGAGGCCGGUGACCAUCCCGCACCCUAAUCAAAAGUUGCUUCCGCGUCCUAAUCAGAGACCAACUCUAACCACCCAGAGACCUAUCAUCAGGCUUCCAAAGCCUGCUCACGUUUUCAGAAAUCUCAGUUUUGACCUUGUGGACAAGUCUGACAUUUUUUCAACAUUUGGAAUAGAAAUCAUAAAAUGGGCUGGAUUUCAUGCAAUAAAAAAYGAUGCAGAAUUUUCCCGGCUCUUUGGAGCGCUCUUUGAGCUAGAGACAGAAACCUGCGCAAAAAUGCUUGCUUCCUUCAAAUGCUCGCUAAAGCCAGAGCACAGAGAUUAUUGUUUCUUUGCUAUCAAGAGUUUACAACACGCUGCUCUGAAAACUCCCAAAGUGGAUAAUGAGUUUUUAAAUAUGCUUUUGGACAAGGGUGCUGUGAAAACAAAGAACUGCUUCUUUGAAAUAAUAAAACCUUUUGAUAAAUACAUAAUGAGGCUCCAAGACCGUCUGCUAAAAGGUGUYACGCCUCUGCUCAUGGCUUGCAAUGCCUAUGAAUUAAGCAUUAAAACAAGUGGGUUUGGUAAUCCCAGAGAAAUGGCAAAUGCUUUUGAGACCACUGUUUCUCUUUGUCGUAAGUCUUUAGCGCUUCUGGGUCAGACCUUUGCAUUAGCAUCUGUUUUCAGACAAGAGAAAAUACUUGAAGCUGUAGGGCUCCAGGAAAUGGCUCCUGCACCAACGUUAUUCCCCAAUUUUGAUGAUUCAACCUUGUUUGGAAGAGAGUACAUAGAAAAUUUGAAGGCCUGGUUGGAGAAAAGUGGAUAUCCAAUUCAUAUGAAAAAAGCUGAACCGGAGUCCACAGUACAAGCACAGCUUAAAAAACCCUCUCCUGACCCCAAAAGUAAGAUCCCCCAGCGAGCGGAUCGGAAAGUUGUAGAGACAAUUGAAAAGCUAGUGAAUAGCAUUGUUGCAGGAACCUUGUCUGCCAAAGAAAGAAACGCUCAAAAGAACUGUCCUGAAUAUUGGUUCUUGUCUGAAGAAGAUAGUCUAGAAUACAAAUAUUACAGACUGAGGUUAGCGGAGAUGCAAAGACGGACGUCGUCUGGAAAGGAAGCAGGUGGUGAGGGCAAAACACCAGAAGAAUCUGCAACAGAAUCAGUAAGGGCCAUGCUGUAUGCCAGGAAAGUAGCAAGUAUUAAGAGAAGAUUAUUUAAAAGAAAAAGACUKGGAAUUACUGCACAACGUGGAAUUAUUCGAGGAAGGAAGGGGAGGAGGGCGACAACAGCAACACAGACUGUGCUGUCAGCUGGCACAAUGCUGAAACACCAAGACAAGCACAUCCAAGGCUCAGUCCAGUCAAAGCCUUCUGUGUCCGAAACCAGCGUGGCUGAAAAGAAUUCCUCCUUGGAUACAACUGGGUCCUCACGAUGUCCAGAAGCUUCUCUGCCAGCAGAAGAAGGGACAGAAUCUGAAGAUAUAUUGGCGCCACCUGACCUUUUCCCACCAUUGUCCUCUCAGUUUCCUGAUGUGGAUGCUAAAACRAUGGAAACUGCUGAGAAGUUGGCCAAGUUUGUUGCUCAGGUAGGACCAGAAAUCGAGCAGUUCAGCAUAGACAACAGUGCGGAUAACCCUGAUCUUUGGUUUCUACAGGACCGAAAUAGUUCUGCUUUCAAAUUUUACCGAAUGAAAGUCUAUGAGUUAUGUCCAUCUAUUAACUUCAGUACURUGUCAGAAACAACUGAUGCUGGGGAAGGUACUAAACCUGAAGAGAGAAAUCUGGAUGUUUCAGAAGAGGAGGAGGAAGAAGAGGAAGAGGAGGAGGAGGAGGAAGAAAACGAGGAGGAAGCUGAGUUUGAAGAGGAUAGUUCCCGACCUUUGGAAGAAAUGGGAAUGGAACAAGCAGAGGAGGGAGAAGAGGAGGACUUCUCAGCAGGUAGAAGUGAGGAGAACCUAGCUGAAGAGAUGAUUUCCAAAACGGGAGAGGAAAUUUCAGCAGGUGAAAGGCAGCUAGCCACAUCAUCUGAUGGUACUGUACCAAAUCUGUCAACACAGGCAUCUACUCCUGUUCCCGGUACCCUCUUUCCUCGCAAACGAAUCAGCAGCAAGUCACUGAAAGUUGGUAUGAUUCCUGCCUCUAAAAGGAUAUGUCUCAUAGAAGAACCAAAAGUUCACGAACCUGUCAGAAUCGCUUAUGAUAGGCCUCGUGGUUGCCCAGUUACAAAGAAGAAGAAGAAACCUAAAGAUUUAGAAUUUUCCCACAAGAAACUGACAAACAAAAACGUGGGUUUCCAGAUGCUUCAGAAGAUGGGCUGGCAAGAAGGACACGGCCUUGGUACACGAGGGAAAGGAAUCCGAGAGCCUGUAAAAGUUUCCAGGCUCUCUUCCAUGAAGACUGCAAGCUUCAGUGAACAUUUUAACUAACUUCAGUGCUGUGUCUGCUGUCUUUUGGUUGUUUUCUUUGCCAUUAAUCUUGUAGAGCAAUUUGCUAGUUUCUGUUUGGUGCAAAUUGGCAGUAGUGCUAAGCUAGUAACRAUUAGAUGCUUAUGUUAUUGGAUAACUGACAUUUCUUUUUAGUGUAAGUAAACAUUAGCAUUGUUAAUCUUUUAAUAUCUGCAAUAAAUGUAGAACUAAACAAUUCCUGGUUUAAAUGUUUUGCUUGUGAAUUUGGCCCUUUGUGAGAGAUAUGCAUCAUUUUGGCACUAACAAGUGGGAGAUUAUGCASUAUUAUUUUAGCGUAAAACAGGAUUUUGUAGCGUUUGAGGGAAGGAAGGUCCCUCCGUUUCUGUGCUGCUAAAUGGUUUCUGUAAAGAAUACCCAUUGAAUCACUUCUUAGUUACUUUUUCAUGGGUUCCAGUGCAUGAAACCCAUGUACAACAGUGUUAUGUGCAACAUGAAUGCAAAAAUAAAAGGAAAAAAAAAAAGUGUCCAGGCAAAAUGCAAGAGUUUUGCCCUUCUCUCACAUCUGAGGAAUUAGUUCUCUCUCUGAUUUUUCUCAAUGCCCUGAGUUUAGGACAGCAAAGCUUUUCUUUACAUAUGUGUGUGGUUUACUGUUACAUUUAAAUUUGCGUUCUUUUUCAGAAAGGAUGUGAGGGAGGAAAAAGAAUGCAACAAAAUGAAAUUUAACACAUAUACAACAGCCGUCUAUUGAGGUAAAAUGAGUGUUUAUCUGCUAAAGCUACAAGCCAGGUCCUGCUUUCCUUUCCUUUUCUACUGACAGCUGUAGCAAGCAUUCCUGAGACAAAAACAAGCUGUUUUUUUUUUUCUUUUGCUUUUCCUCCAACAUCUUACUAAGCAUAUGGACCUGGUUUUGGGGAAAAAAAAAAUAAAAAAGAAAAUUUGCUCUCAGAAGAGAGAAAUGAGGCCAUCCCYACUUCGUGGGAGGUGCACUAAUGCAGUAGAAGACCUACAGACAUAACAAUUUGCAUUGGAGUAAUCAUCCUGGACUAAUACAGAUGUUUUCAUUCUUUUGCUUUCAAAAGUUGUUGUUGUAAUACCAAUGACAUUUUUCCUAUUUAUUGCUUUUUAUAUAUAUAAAACACUAUAGCAUCCUUAGUGUGAACACUAAAUCUGUGUUGAGAUGUUAUUUCUCAAAAAAAAAAAAAAUGUACAGUAUUUUAUUUUUUUCUAUUGAUAUUUCAUUCUAUAUUCUAUUCUGGUUUUGUGCCCAUAGAAAGUCUGGACUCUUAAAUUCAAACACUGAUAGUUUGGCUUGUUUUCUGUCCCCUAGUAGGUAUUCUUUAUAAARCAGAACAAGUUUCUGGAAUUCCUGUACCGUCUUUCUU